AAAGCGGGAUUCUCCGGCCACAGCCCUCGCAAACCACAGUGUGCAUGAUAACCCGUCGCUGGCAUCAGACUUCACUGCCGUUCAAUUGCCAGCCAUGUCAAAGCACACACAAUUGGCGUGGCAGCGCUGUGGGCUGGUCGGCCGGCUCUGGAAGGCGCCAAGCUGAAGAAGCUGAAAUCCCAGCGAUCAAUGGCAGGUGUUGCGAGUCGAAGGCGUCUCCAGCUGAGCUCACAAAGGCGCUGGAUGGCCGGAAAGCUUCGUUUCAGCAACACCACUGUUGAAGUUCUGGCCAAUCUCAUUUCCAACUCGCACAUGUGGCUUCACUAGGACGCUGCACGAAGUUAAACUGCCGUAGUCUGGUCGCUCUACGUCUACCGUAAUGGGUCGAGAACAGCAGCCAUAGCCUCUUAUAACAUCCGGUCCUCUCAUCGACUCCGGCAUCAUUGUGUCUACUGCGACCGACCCUUGUAACCAAUUCAAUGCACUAACAUUGCUGCAGAACCUACCAGUGAAAUAUGACUACCAAUUUUACCGAUCUUCGUCGGCAGAUAACUGCUGGCGAUGUCAUUCUUCCUGGAGAGGAUGGAUACGAAGACAGCCUGAAGCGCUGGAGCCAGAGCGCCGAAAAGCCAGCGGCAGUAGUUGUACGGGUCACGGACAGCAACGAGGUGGCAGCCGCCGUUCGCUUUGCCACAUCUCACAAUAUCCCGUUGACUGUACACGGAGGGGGUCAUUCAACAAGUGGUGCCUCGUCCUCUGAUGGGGGAAUGGUGGUAGAUCUCAGUCGUAUGCGCCAGAUUCGCGUCGACGCAACAGGUCGUACCGUCUCUUAUGAGGGCGGGUGCCUUUUUGGCGAGGUCGACGAUGCGCUCGCUGCCCAUGGUCUGGCAACAGUCGGUGGUCUCUAUAGCAAGACGGGCGUCGGCGGCCUCGUACUCGGUGGAGGCCAUGGCUUCCUGACUGCCCGCCAUGGACUUGCCAUCGAUAACCUCGUCUCUGUGGAGAUGGUGCUUGCAGAUGGAUCAAUCAUCGAAGUGUCUGAGACACAUAACCCUGACCUGUUUUGGGGUGUCAGGGGUGCGGGAGCCCAGUUCGGCGUCGUCACCCGCUUUACCUCCAAGGCACAUGUUCAAGGCGAUGUCUGGGGCGGACCCUUGCUUUUCUCGUUGGACAAGGUCCCAGAACUCGUUGCAUUUGCGAAUGAGUUUCACAAGCGCAAAGUACCCGAUCACAACUUCAUCAUUGCAUUUGGAUGUGCCCCGGAGGAGUACACGACGCCAGUCGCUAUUGCUGGCGUCUUUUUCAAUGGCUCUGCAGCGGAUGGUGAGAAGUACUUUGCGGAGGUUAUGGAAUUAGGACCCAUAGCCAACCUGACCGGCACCAUACCAUACCCGGUUACGAACACACUCUUCAAUCCCAGGUUCGAAGGACCCGGACGAAGACUCAUGGGAUCAUGCAGUGUGGUCAUGCCUCUCAAGGCCGAGUUUGUCGUGGAAGCUGGACGAAGGUUUACGGACUUUAUCAUUUCCCACAGUGGCAUGUCCAAGUCAGUUCUCGUCUUCGAAUUCUUCCCUACUAUUGCAAUCCAGGCCAUGCCCCACGAUGCAACUGCUUUUGCCAGCCGUGGGGACCACUAUCUGGCCAUCAUGGCACUGAUGUACGAUGACGCCUCUCAAGAUGCCGAGGUUCGUACCUUUAAGCGCCAUCUCUCGCACUACAUCCAGACAACGUGUGGGUACCACGGCAGACGAGCCCACGGGGACCAAGCGCCUUUCUACGUCAAUUUGGAGCACGAAAGUCUGAAGCCAGAAGAAGCAUUUGGGAGCCACGUUGGCAAGCUACGCGAGCUCAAGGCCAAGUACGAUCCUCAAAAUGUUUUCCAUCAGGGGCACGGUGUGAUGCCGGAAAAGAAAUGAAACUAUUGGGCAACGUGAUUCAGGACUACAGCUCAGAUGAAGAAUGUCUGGAGGAAGGCUUGUUGAUUCUUGGCUGACUGUACGCUGGAGGACAUGCCUUCCUUCACGAGCGGUCAGAGGACUGGAACUCGGGGCACGUGUGAAAGCUGCAAUUCGUGAAUUUUCAGGUAACGUGUGACUCGG